AUGGGUGAUGAUGAUGAGGUAUGGCAAGCCUUUCAUCGUCCUGUAUGUGAAAAAAACACCGAAUGUUCAUCCCAUGCAAUGGAACCUGAAGCAGCAGUGCGCAUAUGGCAGAGGACUUUGUCAUACGAGACCCCACUGCGCUUCACAAGCUUCUUGAGUGAUGGGGACAGCAAAGCCUUUACUGCCGUCUGUGGGGCUGAGGUGUACGGUGACACUGUCAUCGAAAAAGAAGAGUGCACCAACCACGUUGCAAAACGCCUAGGCACUGCUCUGCGAAAAAUGACAACGCCACUGCCACGAGGUGAAAAGCUAACGGUCGCAGCCAUCCAGAAACUGCAGACAUACUACCAAAUAGCCAUAACAAAUAACAAGGGCAGUGUGCGCAGCAUGUACACUGCUAUAUGGGCCUCAUAUUUUCAUUGUUGCUCCAGUGAUGGGGCCAGCAGCCACAAAUUUUGCCCGGCUGAACCAGAUUCCUGGUGCAAACAUAGGCGUGCUGAAGCACUGGGGGAGCCUACACCACGCCACACCCCCUUGUUGACAAAAGCUCAGGGCUUGGCAAUUAUGCCUAUAUAUAAGCGCCUUACUGAUGAGAAGCUCCUGGCUCGGUGCCUUCAUGGCAAGACGCAAAACGCAGCAGAGUCACUCAACAGCAAGAUAUGGCUGCUGUGUCCAAAAACAAAAUUUGCUUCCCGGACAUCUGUGGAGACAGCCACGGCUAUUGCCGUGCUGUGGUACAAUAAAGGCCAUGCGGGCUUUGAAGAAGUCCUACAAGAGAUUGGAGUACUUCCCCCAGAAGAGUUGGUCACACAUAGCGACCAUUCUGAUGACAUGCGCGUAAAGAAAAUGAACUUGAAGCGAACCGCAGAAGCAAGGGCGCACCGUCGUAGCGCAGUGAAAAGGGCUCGCACCGAGGAGACCAACCGUAGGAGCCGGGAAGGGCCAAGCUACAGUGCAGGAGCAUUCUAGAAACUUUUGUGUGCUUUCUGUGAAGCUGCUCUUGAGUGUGACAAAGAUUAAUGCAAAAACAACUGGAUUUUGAAGAAUAGAAGGUUUUGAAACUUUCAAACCUGUUUUUCUCAUUUUCAAUUUUUUUGAUAUUUUCGUGUCUUCCGGGAAGCCUUUUGUACACUUAGAAUUGGUGUAUACUAAUGAAAUUUGGCACACAUACUCUUGAAGGUAUGUAGAAUACCGAUAUCUACUUGAAAUUUCAAUAUCAGUCGUCAGUAAUUACAAUAGUACGAAGUUAUGUCUCAGGGAACUAAAAGAAACAAUGGUCGAAGUGUCAAAAUUUUUUUCUCCCACUUCCUAUAACUGAACACGCUUUUUGACUAGAUAUCGGUACUCUGUGAUCUAGGAAGAGCUAAAUAAGCUAUAGCACGAUACCUUUUGUGAAAGUUUAGUUCAUAAAAAAGUGCCCGUAAAGACCCCUAUAAUUUGCACUUCAGUAUAAUAUAACUCGAGAACUAUAGCAGCUACACAAAAACUAAUUGCAUAUUUGAAAUCUGCAUAAAAAACUCUUCAGUUGGCUGAAUUUUGAAGUCUCUGGUACAAAUAAUAAAAAAAAAAGUUGUUUCGAGGAGCC